AUGGUGACCUUCGAAGGAACUCAGGACCCUCAAGAACAUAUUGAAUCAUAUGGGGCUCACAUGGGAGUCAAUACUACAUGUGAGGCUCUUCUGUGUAAGUUCUUUCCUACUACCCUAACCGAGUUGGCUCAGUCUUGGUAUACUCCACUACCUUGCGAGGGUAUUGAUAGUUUCUCUCAACUCGAGAAGAUAUUCUUAGAUCAUUUUAUUGUCUCUAAGAGACAAAAGAAGUCAAGUAUUCACCUUAUGUUUGUUAUCCAACAAGAAGAAGAGUUAGUCUCCAGUUACAUCAAAAGGUUCCAUGAUGAAGUCCUGACCAUUAUGGACAUAAGUGAUUCUGCAACUGUGCCAGAACUCAUUAAUGGAUUGAAAACUCAUAAGUUAAAAUGGCAGCUCAUUAAGAAUGGAGUUACCUCCUAUGUUGAAGCAAUACACAUCGCUCAAAGGUUUGUUCAAGCCUCAGACAUUUUCGCACCUAUAGACUCUCAAGCUAAGAAGAAGAAGAAUGAUAAACUACAAUCCCAAGCUCAGCCACAUGCAAAACCUUACCCAAAAGAAUACACUGGAUACUCUUGA